AUGUCAGAAGAUUCGGGACCUUCAACGCCUGCCGAGAGACGGUUUCCAUCUACCCCUCCGGCUUCUUCAACACGCGAGGAAGGCAUAGGACCGCUGGGUGCUACCGCGGGACCUUCAACGCCUGCCGAGAGACGGUUUCCAUCUACCCCUCCGGCUUCUUCAACACGCGAGGAAGGCAUAGGACCGCUGGGUGCUACCGCGGGACCUUCAACGCCUGCCGAGAGACGGUUUCCAUCUACCCCUCCGGCUUCUUCUACACGCGAGGAAGGCAUACGACCGCUGGGUGCUACCGCGGGACCUUCAACGCCUGCCGAGAGACGGUUUCCAUCUACCCCUCCGGCUUCUUCUACACGCGAGGAAGGCAUAGGACCGCUGGGUGCUACCGCGGGACCUUCAACGCCUGCCGAGAGACGGUUUCCAUCUACCCCUCCGGCUUCUUCAACACGCGAGGAAGGCAUAGGACCGCUGGCUGCUACCGCGGGACCUUCAACGCCUGCCGAGAGACGGUUUCCAUCUACCCCUCCGGCUUCUUCUACACGCGAGGAAGGCAUAGGACCGCUGGAUGCUACCGCGGUACCUUCAACGCCUGCCGAGAGACGGUUUCCAUCUACCCCUCCGGCUUCUUCUACACGCGAGGAAGGCAUAGGACCGCUGGAUGCUACCGCGGUACCUUCAACGCCUGCCGAGAGACGGUUUCCAUCUACCCCUCCGGCUUCUUCUACACGCGAGGAAGGCAUAGGACCGCUGGAUGCUACCGCGGUACCUUCAACGCCUGCCGAGAGACGGUUUCCAUCUACCCCUCCGGCUUCUUCUACACGCGAGGAAGGCAUAGGACCGCUGGAUGCUACCGCGGUACCUUCAACGCCUGCCGAGAGACGGUUUCCAUCUACCCCUCCGGCUUCUUCUACACGCGAGGAAGGCAUAGGACCGCUGGAUGCUACCGUUAAUUGA